AUGUUCUUAAACAAGUUUGGCCGCGUUACGUUAGGGUUGUACAGCUGCAGGACAGUAUCAUGUGGUGCCGUCAGGAGUAACGUGGAUCGGAACCAAUUCAGCUGGACCGUGGCUUGUAAAAAGCGAUCACUGUGGCUUCAAAUGAAUGCAGGGAAACAGACACAACAACACGCUACACACCAUCAAGUCAGUUCACGAUCAGUCCAUCAGACAACGGUGGACCCUGGUGAGCUGAAACGGUUUCAAGCGCUAGCCAUUAAAUGGUGGGAUGAAAAUGGAGAGUUCAAGGCCCUCCAUGCCAUGAAUGACCUGAGAGUGCCUUUCAUAAGAGAUAAUUUGCUGAAUGCGCAGAAAGCUCAAGAUCCUGGGAAACCACUUGCAGGACUGAGGGUACUGGAUGUUGGCUGUGGAGGCGGCUUGCUCACUGAGCCUCUUGGUCGCAUGGGAGCCACAGUGUUAGGUAUAGAUCCAGUGGAAGAAAGUAUUGGCACGGCACAGCUGCAUUCAUCGUAUGACCCCAAUCUUGCCGAGCGGGUCAGCUAUCGGACAUGCACCCUGGAGGAACUAUCGGCAGAUGUGGCAGAAGAAGAAGCGGGCCGGGGAGACGUCCUGUUCGACGCCAUCGUAGCGUCCGAGGUUGUGGAACAUCUGGCUGACCUGGAAACAUUCAUCUUCUGCUGCAACCAUGUGCUGAAGCCAGGUGGCUCACUCUUCAUCACCACAAUUAAUAAAACCAACCUGUCAUAUGCGCUGGCCAUCGUGGCGGCCGAGCAGAUUCUGAGUAUUGUUCCCAGAGGGACACAUGACUGGGAAAAGUUCAUCAGCCCUGUAGAACUGGAGCGCCAUCUGGAGUCGAAUGGUUUCUCGGUGCAGUCGGUCCAAGGUAUGAUGUACAAUCCCCUAUCAGGAGCCUGGAGUUGGAUCAACAGCACUGCCGUCAAUUAUGCCCUGCAUGCUGUCAAACUGGCUGAAGAGUCCCAGCCAGGCCCUCAAACAGGCAAACCAGGCCACUUUGCAGGCUCACACAGCUGA